CGAUCGUGAACCAAACUCUGGAGAAAUGUUUCCCCACGCGUGUAAACCAGGAGCUGUGCUCCAUGCCCAUUUAUACAAUCAUGACCCUGACUGUAACAUGCUUGUUUACUUUCCACUCGUCUGGGUUGGAAUAACUCGCGGAAGGUUGCUUGACCCUUUUGAUCUAUUACAGAAUGCCUUCCAAACGCGAAUAUGACUUGAUUUUGUUAGGUGCAACAGGUUACACAGGUAUACUCACGAUGCGGUAUAUUUUCAAGGCGCUGCCACUUGACCUGAAGUGGGCUAUCGCCGGAAGAAACAAGGGAAAGCUCGAGCACCUUGCUCAGUCUCUAGUGCCUGAAAGCUCAUCUAGGCAGCCACCCGAUACCAUCAUUGUGCAGCUGAACCAGAAAGAGCUUAACGACUUGGCAAAGAGGGCACGGCUAGUUAUAUCGACCGUGGGACCAUUCGCGCUGUUCGGCUCGGAAACCUUCGCUGCCUGUGCUCGUAAUGCCACGCAUUACUUGGAUUGCACUGGAGAGGUGCCCUGGUUGAAAGACAUGAUUCAGCAGCACGAUACCAUCGCAAGAGAGAACGGAAGCAUUAUGAUUCCAUGCUGUGGCUUCGACUGUGUACCAUCCGACCUUUCCACCUGGGCCGCGGCCAACUAUAUCCGCCGCCAUUUCGGCACGAAGACUGGCCGUGUUGAUGUCUGCAUCCACAGUGUGCAGGGUGGAAUCAGUGGCGGGACAUUGGCCUCCGUUCUGCAAGCGUUUGAGCUAAAUUCCCCUCGCCAUCUCUACAAGGCCCAUGCCCCCUACGCCUUAUCCCCAAAGCGACCCUCGCCGACCGUGCCCAUAAAACGAACUAGUAUCUGGACCAAGGUUUUCGGACUACUCUGGAUCAAACAACUCGGCUGGAUGGCAUAUCAACCACAAGGACCGGUUGACCGAGCUAUUGUCCAUAGGUCCUGGGGCUUACUAGAGCCAACUACUGUUUCAUAUGGCCACAACUUUGAUUUCCAUGCUUGGUUCAAGAUAUGGGGACCCGUGGUGGCGAUCCUGUGGCAUUUUGGGGGGGUAAUCUUGGCGCCGUUGAUCCUCCUACGGCCUAUUCGAAAGCUGCUGCCCAAGCUCUGGUAUGAACCGGGUAGUGGUGCAGGCCAGGGUAAAAUUGAGAACAAUUGGUUCGAGUAUCGAUGUGUCGCCGAGGCAGACACCGCCACGAAGCUGAAGUCAAAAGCCUUGGUUCGGAUGCGCUACGAGAGUGAUCCGUACAUAUUCACAGCUGCGGCCUUGGGAGAAGCAGCUCGAAUUCUUCUUUGGCAGAAGGAUACAUGGGCGCACAAGCUUGGUGGUGGGGUGUUGACGCCCGCCACCCUGGGAGAUCACUAUGUAUCUCAGCUACGGGCUGCUGGGGUGACUAUCGAGGUUCAAAGCGACGAUCCAGCAUCGAGGGGGAAAGACCCUUUCACCAAGGUUUGAAAUUACAGUUAAGGAGAUUUGUGCAAUACAUGCGCUCGGGAGCUUUCCGGUAAAGGUUCGAUUACUUCAUUAUAUUGGAUGUUCGUUCUCUCAGUUUUUUUUCGCUAGUGUCUGCAGCAAAUAUUACAAGAAUCAAGAUGCGGAUCACGUUCUCAUUUUAGAACUCUAGCUUUACUUGAAGUGAUAGACUGGGUAAUAUGAUGUUGAAAAUGGUAUAAAUUCUACCGAAAGCAUAACCAUGAGGGCAUCAAGGCGCUAUAUAGUAAUAAUGUUGGACAGGUAGCUUGAAGACAUUCUUCACUAAGGCACAUUGGCCAGAGAUCUGGCCACCGUUUUGCGGCAGAAGAAUGUGGCAGACCCUGGAAACCCCCUGUGCACUGACUUGGACA